AAGUUGUGACGAUUUGUAUGUGAUUCUCAGCGUCACAAGUAACACAUAUGAUAGCAUUAUAAAGUUAUUGGAUCUCAGUUUAUAAAUACUUAGUUAUUAUUAGUUUAUUUGUGGUUAUAACAAUAAAUUUAAUUUAAUUAUACGGGUGGCAUUUUCAUACAUAAAAAUGCUCGUGGUAUUACUGGUAAGCACGCUCGCUUGCCUACUCGUCUGGCUUUACCUGCGAUGGACUAAAGUGAAGACAUAUUGGGCCGCGAGGAAUGUUCCUCACGAGCCACCCCAUCCUAUUUGGGGCAGCCUCACGUUUAUGCUGCAGAAGAAUGCGGGAAUAUGGAUGAAAGAGAUGUAUUCCCGAUUCUCCUCCCCCUACGUGGGUAUCUGGCUGUUCUGGCGGCCGGCGCUCAUCGUCAACUGUCCGGAGAUCGGGAAGAGGAUCCUGGUCAAAGACUCCGAGCUCUUCAGAGACAGGUUCCUGAGAUCUGGAAGAAAUGAUCCCAUUGGUGGGCUCAAUAUCUUCACUAUUAAUGACCCUCUGUGGAGUUCGAUAAGGAGACGCCUGACUCCAGUAUUCACAUCUUCGAAACUUAGAUCGCUGCAUGGUCUUCUGAGCACAAAGACUGCUCAGUUGGUGGAACGCAUCCGCAAUGAUGUUAAAGCUGGUGAAACGGUUAAUUUGAGAAUGACGUAUUCAGAUUUCACAACUGACGUGAUUGGGAUCGCCUCUUUUGGGGUAGACAGCGAUGCUACCUCCAAAGGGGAGAGUCACAUGAGGACGGUGACUAAAGACUUCAUGAAGUUCAGCGUCUGGAGAGGAAUGGCCUGGGCCUCCAUAUUUUUCUUUCCAGAGCUAGUUGAUAUCUUUGGGUUCACAUUGUUCCCGAAGAGGGCAACGGAUUACUUCCGCAAGGUGUUCCACUCCAUCGCGAAGCAGAGGAGUGUUGAAGGAAGCAACAAAAAAGACCUGAUGGAUGCCCUGCUGAAGAUACAGCAAGAAGCUAAGGAGACUGGUGAAGAAGAAUAUUUGUGGGAGGCCCUUGGCCAUCAGUGAACUCCAUAUGACGAUGAGUAAGCACUAAUACGAGUAGAAUAGUUAAAUCUUCAAUAAUACGUUGUUUUCCAAAAUAUUUUCCCACGGAUAAUAAAGUACAUUUAUACAAAAUCGGUUCAGCUGAUUCGACGUGUGUGGACAUUGAUUGGCAAAAAUUCAAUAAUAUGAACAGUAACAAACUUCAUUUUCAUCAUAAAAACAUUUAUUUACUUUAAAAAUCAAUAAACAU